CAAAGUCGAAGCAAAAUGGACUCUAAUUUCAAAAUGCCCGCAACCUCUUUCGUCAAGUCCCUCUCUGACGAGUCUCGACCGCAAACAAAUGAGAAGGCAUAUACCUGGUUUCCUACCAUGAACUUCAGCAACGUGUGGCCGUUGGAUCACUGUGACUUGGCUGCCUUCAACGCUUUGCUCCUCUCUGACGGAGCCUGGCAGACCACUCCCCGACUUACCAUAGCAACUAACCUGUACCGCAUCUUCGCCACGUGCGAACAGUUGUAUCCCAAGUUCAAAGAGGGCCCGCUCAAGAAGAUCGAAGUCCGAGACUUUUUCUCCCUCGUCUAUGCUCAUCUCAGUGACCACUGUCUCACCCACGACUACUUGGAGGAGAACGGCCCCAGACGUUUAGCCAACCUCGUGGGGUUCUUCGUAGAGGCAUCUAGGGAUUACAAUCCGAAGGAAUAUGUCAUGGAUUUGGAUCUGGUCCCGCUGAACGAGAUGAUACGUCGUUUCACUUUGACGUCAAGUCUUCCUGAACGUACGUGGUAUCACUGAUGAAUUCACAUGAUGUGACGGGUUGGGACUACCUUAAGGUUUUUUUCCCAGGAUAAGUCCAGUCACUGAUUAUCACUCAGCUGAAUGCUCGCUAUCUCAGCAUAAGGGGGGGGAGUUGAGGAUGGAAUAGCUUUACUGAAAUGAAAAGGAGAGCGCAUAGUCAGCCCCUUAUAAUUGGGAGAUCACAUUGAGAUGCCUAAGGCACCUUAUGUAGA